UAGAAUACGCAAAUUACGCUACGCAAGUUAUGCUUUAUGUGACGGCACCCUGACAGUAGCCAAGUGCGGGGUGACACUCUUUUAGACACAGCACGAUUGGACACCAACCAAUCAUCUUGACUUAUCUAACCAAACCAACGGAAAAACUCUAGGCAUCAGCCGCUGUGAGUGGUGGUGUCCAAUCGUGCGGUGUCUAAUCGUGCGCACCCCCUAUUUGGGAUGUUUUAAAAGAAAAAGUUUUUCCUGACAUAACAGAGGAUUUGUGGAUCCAAAAAGCAAAAGAAUUUGAAGUUUUGUGGGAUUUUCCAAACUGUAUUGGAGCAAUUGAUGGAAAACAUAUUCAAAUUCAGGCUCCACCUAAAAGUGGCUCAACAUUUUAUAAUUAUAAACGUAAUCACAGUAUUGUACUUAUGGCACUUGCGGAUGCCAAUUGUUAUUUUAUAGUUGUUGAUAUUGGAGCCGCAGGAAGACGAAGUGAUGGAGGUAUAUUCCAAAGUAGUGAACUUAAACGUCAAUUAGAAGAGAAACGUUUAAAUAUACCGAAAGCAAGGUUACUUUCAGAUAAAGGUCCUAAUGUACCAUAUGUUAUAAUAGGUGAUGAAGCUUUUGCAUUAACUAGUUACUUGUUACAUGCGUAUCCACGAAAAACUAAUUUAACUUUAGAUAAAAAAGUAUUUAACUAUCGAUUAAGUCGUGCUCGAAGAACAGUAGAAUGCGCUUUUGGUCUUUUAAGUUCGAGAUGGAGAAUUUUUCGAAGACCUAUAGCAACAUCCGUUGAUAAUGCAAUUUCCAUUAUUAAAGCCACAGUUUGUUUACAUAAUUUUUUAAUGACAACUGAUCUUGCACUUCCUAUACAAAAUAGAACUUAUUCUGUUAAUAUUCGUCCGAGAAAUAUAAAUAAAGUUUUUCAAAACUCACGAACUUUUUUGAUUGAAAAUGAUAUACGUGGAAGUACUGUUCGAGAUAGAUUUAAGGAAUAUUUCAGUACUAUUGGAGCGAUUGAACAACAAUGGGAAAAAGCACAAAAAAAUAAUUUUAAAAAAUUUUAAUCAAUAAAGCUACUGCAACUUGGUUGUAAAAAAAUUAU